GAUUGGCUGAGGCGCAAAGGAGGACUUGCACAUUCACAAGCGAGUCUUCUGGAAAACUUGGCGAGAUUUUUUCGUGUUUUUUUUAAUCUUGUGUUUAUGUAAAUGUCAUUUUCCUCGACUGGCGUCGGGAGAAUCGCUUCUGCGAGUCGGUUCGGGGUCCCGGCGGAGCCGCCGCCGCCGAUGAGAAUCCGCGACUUUUAAAUGCGACUUCGGAGGACGGCGAGUCGCCUUCCUCCCCCCGCCGAAGUGAAGCCAGCUUCGCCUGUAACUCAGCCGAGCGCCGCCAUGCAGGGAAAUGUCGGCGUCUACGCAGUCAAGAGGAGGAAAAAGCCCACGCAGAAGAAGGCCGCACCGCCGCCCGCCAAGACCAACGCGUCCAAGCGGCACCGCGACCGCCUCAACGUGGAGCUGGAGCGCCUGACCGGCCUGCUGCCGUUCUCCGAGGAAGUCCGCAACCGCCUGGACAAGCUGUCGGUGCUGCGCCUCAGCGUCGGCUACCUCAAAGUCAAGAGUUACUUCCGCUCGCGCCCCAGGAACGGAACGCCGCUCCCGCCCCCCGACGGCGCCACCAAGUCGGCGUCGCUGGACGGCGUCCGCCUCUCCGAGGGCGAGCUCCUCCUCAAGUCGCUCAACGGCUUCGUCUUGGUGGUGACGGGCGACGGCACCAUUUUUUACACUUCGCCCACCAUUCAGGACUUCCUGGGCUUCCAUCAGUCCGACGUGGUGCAGCAGAGCGUCUUCCACCUCAUCCACAUCGACGACAGAGAAAUGUUCAACUGCCAGCUGAAGCUGGGCGUCCACCUCAGCGAAACCGGACCGGACGCCACGGCCAAGAGCAACUCUCAGAGUCUCCAGACCCCGGAGAACGCCUUCUUCCUGGAGAGGAGCUUCUGCUGUCGCCUCCGUUGCCUCCUGGACAACACGUCUGGAUUCUUGGCCUUAAAAUUCUCCGGGCAUCUGAAGUAUCUCCGGGAGGACGCGGGCCCCGAGGGGAACCCUCUGCUGGGCCUGUUCACCAUCGCUACGCCCAUCCAGCCGCCGCCCGUCAUGGAGAUCCGCACCAGGACGCUCAUUUUCCAGACCAAGCACCGGAUGGACUUUGCCCCCAUGGCCGUGGACACCAGGGGCAAACUGGUCUUGGGUUACUCGGAGACCGAGUUAAUCACACCGGGUUCCGGCUACCAGUUUGUGCACGCCGCCGACAUGAUGUACUGCGCCGACAACCACCUCAAGAUGAUCAAGACUGGAGACAGCGGCUUUACUUUCUUCCGGCUGCUCACCAAGACGGGCCAGUGGUUGUGGGUACAAGCCACCGCCCGCGUGGUCUUCAAAGACGGACGGCCCGACUUCAUCAUCGCCCGCCAGAAGCCUCUAACGAAUGAAGAGGGAGAGGAAUACCUGCAGCAGAGAAGACACCAACUGCCCUUUAACUUAGCCACGGGAGAAGGUGUCCUGUAUGAUCUGUCCCUGGAUGCCUUCACCGUCCCAGGUUCUGCGGGCACCGGGGAGCCCCUGGCGGAAAAUCAUCUGGAUCCCAGCUCCAUCCUGGGAUCCUUACACCGCCAGGACCGCUCACUUUAUUGCCAGAAGCUGCUCCCCCAAGCCCCCGUUUUCUCUCGCAUAGACGAGACGGAUCUGGAUCAGCCUCUGGAUCGAGCCUUCGCAGACAGCCACGCUCUGCUCAGCGUUCCGGGUCAGCUGGAAGAGACGCCCGGUUCCGGGGGCUACAGCGCGGACCCCAUGCUGGACUCGCUGGAGCAGAUCUUGAGAGACCUAGGCGAGGGCGGUCUUGACGGUCUAGAGGUGGAGCGGCGCGAGGUGAGAGACUGGGAGAACACGCUGCUCAGGAUGAACCAAGACCGAGACCUGGAUCAGAUCCUGGCCAACGACGUCUUCUCCUACGUGGAAGAGGCCCUCGGGAUAAAAACCUCGGGAGAGGACAAAACUCUUCUACAUUCUCCGAACUCUUCGCGGCCGUUCGACUGCGGACAGGAAGUUCUUCCCGGCAUUUUGUUUUCCGGUGUAUCUCCCUCUCCCGACGCUCAUGUGGGACGUUGGUUGGCGAGCAGCAGUCCUCACCAACAAGGGAUUCCCACGCGGUCCUGCCGCUUUGAAACAGCAUGUCCACCUCCAAUGAUGAGUUCUAACACUCAGCUACAGGGGGGCCACUCCAGUCCGUCCCAACAAGCCGCGUGGCCUCGUCCCCACGCGGACUCGACGGGCCCGCAGUUGUCCGGCAGCUGCAUGUACGAACAGCUAGCGAACUCCGGCCCUCCUCCCCCGGUCAGUGGGCUCGCCCACUUUGAGGCGCCGAACACCGGCUUCUCUCUGCCGCAUGUGGUCAGGGGAGCCUGGCCCUCCCCCACCGCCGUCGGCCAAACGCAACCUCCCCCGUUCGGCGACAUGUCCGAGGCGGGAGUUUCCCGACCCGAACGUCCACCAGAAAACGGAACAUCGCAGUCCAGUUUCUUCUGCUGGAACAGUCAAGGUCAGAUGCCCCAAGUUCACUUGAACCCGUACGUCUGCUCGGUGCAUCCCCCCGGGGGCAUCGACUUUUCCCAAAACGCCGGCCCCUGACCCCCACCCAGAACCCCGUCGCUCAGAAUGCCGCCCGAAACCUUGCCCGCCUCUCGGAGAGGAAACAAAACCUUCUCAUUUCAAUGGGACUGAAUCGCUGCUCCGCUUUGUACAUCGAUUUCCGAUGAGGUGGCCACGGUUUUAGGAUUCCCUUGUCCGCCAUCCUGUGUGUCACUACCGGUAAUUGGAAACCCAUCUAUAUGUCCGCCAUCUUGUGUGUUGAAAGACUCCAAAGUCAUGUACAGAAAAAUUCAGCAGGGUAAAAUCAAUCAAUCAAUCAAUCAAGCAAGCAAGCAAGCACUUAUAUAUCGUUUAUAUAUUCUCGUUAUUUUUGAAAAAAAUUAUGUCAAGCUUUUUAUUUUUUAAAGGUAAUAAGGGAAAAAAGUUUUUGUUGUGGCCGGCGGCCCUGUGUCCGCACUUAGAUAGAUCCGCCCCUGCACUGGACAGCACCCGAUCAUGUCUCCCCAAUCGGAACCAGAACAUUUUAAAACAGUUACCGUAAUUUCCGGCCUGCAAGCCGCGACUUUUUUCCCGCACGCUGUCAACCCUGCGCUUUAUGCGGUGAUGCGGCUAAUUUGUGCGGGGCAACUCGAGCGGAAAAGGUAAGAAUGCGACCGGUGGAAUAUAUGUGCCGAGGAGGUGACUUUUACCGGCCCUGUUAGCGCUGGGCUAGCGUUAGUGCUGUGCUAGCGUGUUACUGGCGUGUCUCUGAUAUUUAUCAGUAAGUUUUAUUUUAACCGGCCCUGUUAGCAUCAGCGCUAGCACAGCGCAAGCAUUAGCCCUAGUUUUAGCGUGGCGCUAGCUCUAGCGGAGCGCUGUCGUCAAACUCUUUAUCUGUUCCGUCUUUGUAAAUAUCUCGUGUUUCAGUGUCAGUUUCAAUGUGGGCACUUGCGGCUUUUACACGGAUGCGGCGUAUCUAUGUACCAAAUGGUAUUUCCUUUACAAAUGUACUCGGCGAGGCUUGUAACCAGGUGCGCCCUGUAGGCCGGGAAUUACAGUACUUGAAUAUCAUCAACAUGACACCGUAUUCGUCGCAAAUCACACUCGCAGCAGAAAGCGGAAGUUACCAAAAGAAGCUGGCAAAAAUGAUCUUUUUUCACCGCAGUGUUAUGAAGACAAAGUUGUAAAUAGUUAAUUUGCAUUUAAAGUGCAGUAUUUCAUUUUUCGUCGGCCAUAUUUCUCAUGUUUCCCCAAAUGUUGUUGUUAUUGUUGUUGCAUUACGGCCGCAAAUGGUCCCCCGACCCGUAGUGUGGACACCCGUGAUCGAGAUAUGGAUAAUUGCGAUAUGGCUGUCAUUUCAAAGCAUCGCUCUAAAAUUCCGUGCCGCUUUGGUCUGACAUUUAUGUUGUUUAUAGACAAAACAAAACCAAAAAAAAGUGAAGUGCUGUAAAUACUUUCCGGAUCCUGUGUAUAGAAAUUAUGUAUUUAUAUUUACAAUUCUGUUUAACACGAACUGAUACAAGACAAUCUUUCUAAAUUUUGCCUUCAGAGGAACUUUUUAAGCUAAGUCGCUAACACUCAAAAAGACAGAAAGUUGUCGAAAUUGGGCGCACACCCCCUUUUUUCCCCCCACCCCUGAAAUUUUCUCCCGACGGCGGAGUAUUGAAAACUGUAAAACGCGGGAGUCGAAAAGUUGAAAAACUUGUCAAGCGGGAGGAAGCCGAGCCGACCCCCGCCCCCCCAGUUUGAAAACCGCCGGCGUGCCCAGGACGUGUCGUCGCGUCGGUGAUGAUUGGCGGCGCUCGGGCAGCUCAACUUCAUCACCAAACGUGGACGUCGACGUGAUUUCUGCCAAUUAAGUUUUGUCCUUGAUUUGUAUUUUUGCUUUUCUAAUAAACGCCACCGAGUGGACGGAGCAAGCGGUCUCGACGGGUCGGUUCUGUGACUUCGCGCCAAUGGCGAAUCGUUCGUACAAUUUACAGGACCCGAAGAGCAGAUACUGUACUACUAUGUACUAUUUCGACUACCUGCUGUUGGCAAAUUGGAAGGCAUCAAUAGCAAGUAGGUGACAUGCGAGGGAAUAUUUCUACUGCACUUUUUUUUUUUUAAAUGUAAAUUAGUAGUAGUAGUAGUAGUAUCAAAUAGUUCCUUUUUUUUUUUCCUACUAGCAAAAGGAGUUACUAUUUGUUGUAGUAGUUUUUUAAUUCCUGGUUUUCCCAAAAAUAACCCAGGGCAAGUUGGUAACCAUGCGUACUUUUCAGAAUGACAAAUGCCGAUACAAUACAAUUUGUAGUAUCGUAAUUUCCGGCCUACAAGCCGCCCCUUUUUUCACACGCGUUUUAUGCUAAUUCAUGCAUUUUUUUCUAACGGCCGCAAGGGGGCACUUGAGCGGGAAAGGUAAGAAUGAGACCUGUGGAAUGAAUAUAUGCGCCGAAGAACUAACUUUAACCGUCCCUGUUAGUGCUGCGCUAGCCUUAGCGCUGUGCUAGCGUGUUGCUGCUGUGUUACUGGCGCGUGUCUGUGAUAUUUACCAAUAAAUUUCGUUUUAACCAGCCUUGUUAGCUUUAGAACAGUGCUAGCAUCAGAGCCAGCUUUAGCGCGUUGCCAGCGUUAGUGCGGUGCUAGUGUUAGUGCUGGCUUUAGUGUGGCGCUAGCGUUAGCGCUAGCAUUAUUGCGGUGCUAGUGUUAGUGCUAGCUUUAACGCGGCGCUAGCGUUAAACUCUUUGUGUACCAUCUUUCUUUGUAAAUAUCUCGUGCUUGAAUGUGGGCACUUGCGGCUUUUACACAGAUGCGGCGUACGUAUGUACCAUUUCCUUUACAAAUGUACUCGGUGAGGCUCAUAACCAGGUGCGCUCUGUAGGCCGGGAAUUACGGUACUACUUUUAGCCGAUGGUAAAGCGUAAAAGUUGUGUUGCGGAAAUAAAAAGCAUAACGUCACAUCUGAAAUUAAAAUGAGAAAAAUCUAAAAAGGAGCUGCGACACGUCUCAUGUGGUGUGUGUACUUUUGCGCUCAGUCUAUUUUAAAAUGCCAGUGCGCUAACGUCCCCCCCCCCGAUCCGCUUUGUCUAUGAAUGGUAAUGUGGUUAUUAAUAAUAAAUGGGCCGUGAAAAUAUAAUCAAUUCCUCACGUCCUUCUCAGACAUUUUCACAUCGACUUAAUCUGCGGUCGGCGAUUUAAAAUGCAUGAAAUGUUCAUUUUCUGGGGUUGGUUAGGAAUGAUGCAAGAGAAAAUCUGUCCUUGAAAUAUGGAGACAGAUGAAAUAUUUAGCAACGGGCAGACCGAUAUGAUUUCUAAUAUCGCUGCUGUCAUUUUGAAUUGGAAUUACAUUUUUUUUUUCACUCACCUCGCAAAGACAGUUUCACUCAUUAACUUGGAAUUCGGUAGGUGUGUCUAUCUAUCAUGCGUAGAUCCACAAAAAAAAAAAAAGAA